GUUGCACAGUUUUACUUCCUCAAUAGCAAAUACAAUACAAUAAGUAGCAAUAACUAAAACAAACUAAUAGCGGCAUAUAGCUAGUGCAACAACAAACAAACAAACAACAACCACAAGAUGUUCAAUUUCAUGAAAAAGGGCGUAUCCUCGGUGAGCGGUGGCAGUGGCGGUGGCGGCGAUGAUGAAAAAGAACGUCGCAAACGUGAGAAGAAAUUGCGUAAAGAGGCUAAAAAUGCAGGCGUACUGUCGGGCAGUAUGAGCACUGAGGAGCUACUGCGACUGGAUGAGGUGCGUCGUUCGCUGAAAAUACGCGGUCGCCGCAAAGAGAAGGAAAAACUACCCAGCGGCAUAACAGCUGAUUAUAGUGCUGAAUUUUUCGCCCAACUAGAUAUAGACCGUGCAGCGUUGAGCGCCGAAUUGAGCGGCGAAGGUGAUAGCAUUUAUGAAUUGGAUCGCGGCAACGAAGAAAUUGUCGCAUCUGUGACGACAACCAUUGAGAGUCGUUAUAAUGGCGCUGGUGUGGGUGCUGCUGGUGCUGGUGGAACUUCUAGUGUCACGGCUAUACAUUCCAUGCUGGCGGCCGCUGUGGCGAGUGGGAAUGGAAAGCAUCGCUCACUACCGCCCGUGCCGCCGAAACCGCCAAAGCGUGGCAUACUGAAAGGUUCACGCAGCAAUAUAGCCAAUGUACAUGAAGAGAUAACGAUCGCAUCGCCCGAAGCACAGCUGCUUGUGAUGCGCAACACAAUGCAAAACGAGUUGCCCUUCGAUGGUAGUCGCAGCAAUAGCAUAAGUGGCGCAGCUACCGGACGCAGCAGCAUAGGUGCAGUCGGUGGCGCCGGCCAUGCAGGCGUUAAUCCUCACACGAGCAGCGGCACCGCCUUCACCUCGGUGGAAAGUUUGCGUAGCGAUGAAGGUGGUAAUGCGGGUAUACAACGCGCUAUGACAUUACCAACGACGGCACGCUACGCACCACAACUGCCACAACAUCAUAGCGCCAAUUUACGUGUGAUGACCUCACCCUCACCGAGCGCUGACAGUCUCACAGAUACGACAAAUUCUUCCUUUGCCACACCACCAUUUUCGUUGAGUCCCAUCGGUGAAUCGCAGGGUAUCGAUCGGUGGUCUCGUGUUCAUGCAUUCGAGGAUGUGGAAUUACCGUUGCCAUCGAUUAAAUUGGUGCAAUUACCGCCAGCGCGUGAACUCGUCAUUAGACGGCAGAAAUCGCCUCGCAAUGAUUUCGGUUUCAGCUUACGCAAAGCGAUUUGUCUGGAUCGCGCGGAAUCGCUGACCUCGCCCACAUUCAAACCGGUCAUAUUUGCUGAACCCGGUGCGGGUGGUGGUGCGACCGGUCUGCUGCCGGGUGAUCGUUUGCUCAAAGUGAACGGUACGCCAGUAAGUGAGUUGUCCCGCGAGGUGAUCAUAGAGAUGAUACGUAACAGUGGUGAUUCGGUUACAGUGGAGGUACAACCCGUUUCGGAAUUAGUGGAACUAAGUAAGCGCUGCAUGCCACCACAAGGUAUUGGCAUUGUCGCCAAUGCUGAUGAUGAAGUGGAUCGCGCUGCGAGAAAUGCGAAUUGCAAUACGCUUAAGAGGAGUGCUAGCAAGCGUUUUAAACAGCAGCCACGCCAUACCAACAACAACAACCAUGACUCCGCACACGCAGGCGUCGACAACGGUAAUGACCAUGGAGAUGGUGAUGCCGCCAACACUACGCAAACCGAUGGUGACCGCGUUUGGCUUGUGCAUCGCGGUGGCUUUUGCGCGGCACUAUGUCUGCCGCAAUCAACCGUGCAACGUGAGAAUCACAAAGUGACCAUACGACUGCUGCACAAUGGCGUCGAAAUGAUGGUGGACGAGGAUGACAUCGAGAAACAGAAUGUUGCAGCACUCGAUCUGGUCGAGGACAUUUGCGACCUGAAGCAAUUGAACGAGGCGUCUGUGUUGCAUUGCUUGCGUCAACGCUUCGCCAGUAAUUUGAUACACACGAAGGCGGGCCCCACGCUGCUCGUUGUCAAUCCAAUGGCACCGCUAUCGCUCUACUCGGAAAAGGUUGUUUCUAUGUUUCGAGGCUGCAAAACAGAGGAUAUGCCUCCGCACAUCUACUCGCUGGCACAGACCGCCUACAGGGCCAUGUUGGAAACGCGUCGCGAUCAAAGUCUAAUAUUCAUGGGACGUUCUGGUUCUGGCAAGACUACAAGCUUCAAGCACGCCUUAUACUAUUUGGCGUUGGCUGCCGGCUCCUAUAAUAAUUUUCUUAAUGCCGAGAAAGUCAACUCUAUCAAUAUCAUAUUGGAAGCAUUUGGCAAUACAAAGACCUGUAUCAAUGCGAAUGCGACGCGUUUUACACAGCUGUUGAGCUUAGAUUUCGAUCAAAGUGGGCAAAUCGCAUCCGCUUCGGUGCAAGUGUUGCUGCCUGAGCGACAACGCGCUGGGCGGCGUCAACCCAACGAUCACAGUUUUCACAUAAUGGGUCGCUUGCUCGCCGGCGCUGAAGGUUUGCUGCAGAAAGAGCUGCAUCUGGACAACAUUUCGGCUGCGGACAAUCAUCCGUUCGUUUCGCUCUCGCAGAAAUUGGAGGAACGUCAUCGCGCCGCCGCCGAGUUUAUGCGUACGACACAAGCGUUGGAAACGUUGAAUAUCGAAGCGAAAGCAGUGCGUGGCAUUUGGAGCAUAUUGGCGGCCAUAUACCAUCUAGGGUUAGCAGGCGUCACAAAGCUCAAUGCUGGCCCAGCUUCACGCGUACAGUUUGCAAAUCCAUCAGCUGCGCGCAGAGCUGCAGGCCUACUGGGCGUUUCUAUGGAGGACCUAACAGCUGCCGCUUUCAAUGCCACGACGUCUGGUGGUGGUGGUGGCGCGAGUCCUUCCAAAUCGCCUACCGAUAGCAAUGAGCAGGCUUGGGAAUCACUGGAAGCGCUAGCUGUCGGUCUGUAUUCCGAGGCGUUAGCCGCUGUGGUGGCGCUUAUAAACAAAGCAAUCUGCACUUCUGCACACACUAUCGCUUCCAUUAUGCUCGUGGACACGCCGGGCUUUCAGAAUCCCGCUAGCUGUGGUCUGCAAACGGGCGCCACACUCUCCGAUUUACGUCACAAUUACCUACAGGAGCGUUUACAGUUGCUCUUUCAUCAUACCACAUUGGUGGCGCCGCGAGAUCGCUAUGCGCAGGAGCUAGUUGAGAUCGAUACGGAAGGCAUGUCGGAAACAAAUCCUGGUCCGUUGGUAUCGCUCAUCGAUAAGUCGCCACAAAAUCAUGUCGUGCGUUCGUCACAACGUGAUUUACGCGAACAUGAUCGUCGCGGUCUGCUUUGGCUGCUCGAUGAGGAGUCCAUGUACCCGAACUGUAAUGAUGAUACAUUCCUGGAGCGCCUAUUUACGCACUAUGGCGAUCGUGAACAUCAGACCUUGUUGCGCAAAUGUGCCGGUCCCAAACAGUUUGUGUUGCAACAUCUGCAGGGCACCAAUCCGGUGCUGUACACUGUGGACGGUUGGGUGCGGCAUAGCCGUGAACACCCUGCCAUACGUAAUGCUGUAACACUGCUGCAAGAUAGCUCACGUGACGAGAUAAGUCGUUUGUACAUUGGUUCGCUGACACGCGGCGCCGGUGGCAUUGUAUUUUGCGGCUCUAUAGCCGGCCUCGAAGGCACACAAUCGCUACGUCGCGUCUCGAGUAUACGUCGUUCGUUCACCUCUGCUGGUGUAAAACGCAAUUCCAUAAUGCUGCAAGUGAAAUUCACCGUUGAUGGCAUCAUCGACACACUGCGUCGCACGGGUACACAUUUCGUACACUGCUACAUGUUGCAGCACAAUGCCGGUCAGCAUAGCAGUUACUCCGCGAGCGGUUCGCCAAAUGCCGCUGCAUUGCAAUCGAGCUGUGAGGAUAUGGUGAAUAUUCCUUUGUUGCGCAGUCAGUUGCGCGGUUCGCAAGUGCUGGAGGCGGCACGUUUACAUCGUUUGGGCUUCCCCGAAUCAGUUCCUUUGAUCGAGUUUGUGCGUCGUUUUGGUUUACUAGCUGCUGUUGAUGCCGCUAGUGCCAAGGACAUCACAGUCGAACAAAUUUUAGUCGCUAAUGAAGUGGAUACAGCUACAUACCGCAUCGGACCUAGUCAAAUUUUAUUCCGUUCUGGUGUUUUGAGCGAAUUGGAGGCGAAACGUGAUGAACUGCUGUCGGAUCGCAUCAUACAAUUGCAGGCUUAUUGCCGUGGCUAUUUGGCACGUAAACAGGUGGCACGCCGACGCGUACAGGAAUUGGCCGUACGUUGCAUACAACGUAACGUUAAAGCGUUUCUCGCCGUUCGUGAUUGGCCUUGGUGGCGCCUCUUGGUGCGUGUUACGCCUCUGCUAAAUGUCCAUCGCACCGAGGAGCAAUUGAAAUCGGCGAAUGAUGAAUUGGCAAUGCUGCGUGCCAAAUUGGAGAAAAUCGAAAACGAUCGCAACGAAUUGAAGACUGACAAUCAGAAAUUGGAAGCGAAGUUAUCCGAAAUGACAGUGGAUCUCGCCGAGGAGCGUUCUACUGCCAAUAUCGCCACCGAACGUCUCGAAGCUGAAACCGCCGAACGUUUGAAACUCGAAAAGGAACUCAACGAGCAACAAAAUAAGGUGAAAAAUUUGCAAGAGACCAGCGAGAAGCUGGAAAUGGAACUGAUAUGCGCCAAAUCCGAUUUGAAUGGCAUAUCCGAAGAUGAGGAUCCCGAGAAUGAGGAAGGCGGCAGCGGUGUUUACAAGCUGAAGUAUGAGCGUGUGGCGCGCGAACUCGAGUUCACCAAGCGGCGUUUGCAGACACAACACGAACACGAUCUGGAGCAGCUAGUGGGACUGAAGAAACAGCUGGAGAAGAAGCUCUCCGAUGCUUACGAAGAGGUCGAGGAGCAACGUCAAGUUGUCGGUCAAUGGAAGCGCAAAGCGCAAAAGAUGACCAAUGAAAUGAAUGAUUUGCGCAUGUUGCUCGAAGAGCAGAAUGGUCGCAAUAAUUUGUUGGAGAAGAAACAGCGUAAAUUCGAUUCGGAAUGUCAAUCGUUGCAGGAUGCUGCUCGUCAAGAAAGAGUAACCAAGGAUAGGUUAUCACGUGAAAAGGACGUACUCAUCGCAGAGAAAUUCACUUUGGAGCAAUCAUUAGCGGACACUCGUCUUGAGCUCGAACUCAAGGAAGAGAAGUUGGCGUCGCUACAGCGUGAACUAGAAGAGAUGACUUUCGGUGGCAGCACCGAAGAGGAAAUCGCACAGCUGCGUCGUUCUAAGAAUGAAUUGGAUCGGCGUGUCAAAGAGCAGGAGGAGGAACUGGAUGAGAUGGCCGGACAGGUGCAAUUGUUGGAACAGGCCAAACUACGCUUGGAAAUGUCGCUCGAAACAAUGCGUAAAGAAGCGCGCCGAGAGGCGCAGCAACGUGACGAAGAGUUGGAGGAAGCGCGUAACAACUCUUACAAAAAGAUUAAGGCUUUGGAAUGUCAACUCGAGACUGAGCAUGAAGAGCGCACUUUGUUAUUACGCGAAAAGCACGAGCUCGAGCGACGUCUCUCGUCAAUGGAAGAUCAAGAUCGCAUGGAUCGUCAGGCCGAAGAGGCAGCUACACAAAAACUAAAACGUGAUCUACGCAAAUACAAGGCGCUAUUGAAGGAUGCGCAAGCGCAAUUGGAGCGUUCCAAGGCGGAAACGCCCGGUAAGGCGCUAAUACGACAGCUACGCAAUCAGCUCGAAGAUGCCGAAUCGGCGCGUACGCUCGUCAUGAAGGCGCGCCAAGCGGCUGAAGCUGAACUCGCCGAAGUGCAAGCUAUGUUCGAAGAGUCACAGAAGGGCCGUAACGAUGCCGAAGACCGUGCUAAUUCGGCGCAUCGCGAUCGUGCCGAAUUACAGGCGCAAAUCGAAGAAAAUGAAGAGGAACUGGCUGAGUUAAUGAAGAAAUAUAGCGCUGCUGUUAAACAAUUGAAUACCGAACAGAUCGCAGCUUCAGAGUAUGAGUUCAAGUUGUCCGAAUUAGAAGCAGAGCGCAACAAUCUAAAAGAGCAGGUGAGCGAGCUGCAGCAACGCUUGGAAAAUGUGGAGAGUAUGGCUGAUCCAUCCACAGCGAUGCUAUCGAAACGUUUGGAACUGCGCACCAAAGAACUCGAAUCCCGCCUAGAUCUCGAACAAGCUACGCGCACACGACUCGAAGUGCAAGUGUCGCGACUCAAAGAGACGCUCGAGAAGGUACAGAACGAUGUAGCGCAAGCGAAGGCGCGUGAAAUGCAAGCGCAAGACGCGCUCAAGAAGUCACAAAAGAGUUUGCGCGACAUGCGCGAAGAGUAUCAUGUGGCGGCGUCACGCGAACAAGAGUCAGUGACGAAACGCAAAGAUCUCGAAAAGAAACUAGAACAAGUGGAGUCAGAAUCGUCGGCGCUAAAGAAUGAUUUACGUUUGGCGCUACAACGCAUUGCCGAUCUGCAGCAGGCCAUGGAGGAGGGCGAUGACGACGUGAGCGAUAGUGAGGACUCACAUAGCACAGAUGGUUCGCUUAGCGAUUUGGAAGAGCGUUUGCGCCCAAUCAAAGUGAAACGCACCACAAAUGGUGAAUUAAUGAGUCCGAGCUCUACUAAAACGCUGGUGCAUGAAAAGGAUGACAAUAGUCCGAGAAUAACAUUAACCUCACCAUCAUCACCGCAUAUACAUAAAAUGGCGCGAUUGGCGAGAGCAGAGGAUGCCAAGGCGGAAGUGACGUCAAAUGACGUGGGCAAAAAGACGACAGCAACGACAGAGAAUAGUAUUAGCGCGGAGCGGAGUAGCGAAGGCUUGAAGAAUGGCGAUGCAACGCCGUAGACUUGUGAAAAAGAGCAAGAAGAAGAAAAAAUAAAAUAAGCGGCAGUGAAACUGCAACGCAAUGCAAAGAUGCACAUACGCGUACAUGGGGUGAGAGGAGCGAAAGGACAUGCGUCGUGCGCGACUGAAUGCAAAUUGGAGUGUUGCUGAAUUUCACUUAAUUUUAACACUAGUUUAGAAAAAUAAAAUACAACAACAACAAUGAAGCGAAAAAAUGUAAAAUUUGAAGUAAAAAAGUUAAUUUAUAAAACGAAAAGUUUGAUGAAACUUACCAAAAAUCGCAAAUUAAUGCAAAUACUUACUUAGUCAGCAAUAAUAUGGCUAGCGAUGCGUUUCUAUUGUGUAUUUGAGCAUAAGAAUUUUAUAUAAAAUUGCAAAGAGAGCAACAGCAAUGCUAGUAUAAACAUGAAUGCGCUGAGCGAGCGAGAGCGAAAGUUUUAAAAUGGCAAUCCAUUGACACGCAGAGUCUGAGCAACAUUUUUGUUUUAUAAAAAAGCAUAAAAAUAGAUUUAAAAAAUCUAUCCAAACAGAAAACACCAAUCAUACAUUUAUAAACAUAAAAAAAAAUGCAAAUUAAUAAAAACAAAAAAUAUUUUAAUAUUUUGAUACAUAGAAAUUUUGUGGAAAACAAAAAAUAAAAAACAAAACAAAAACAACUAUUACAACUAAUAUUGCUAAUAAAAAUAUUACAAAUAUUUAAUGGAAAAUUUAAAUUAAUAACAAUUAUUAGUCCAACAAAAAACUUAGUCAAAGCAAAACAAGCACAUUUUAAAUGCAUACCAACAAAUAUACAUACAUAUAAUAACUGAUUAGCAAUAUUGAGUUAGCAAAAUGAUGGAGCGUACUACAUACAUACAUACAUACAUCUACUAUCACAAAAAUCAAUUAUGAUUAGAGACUUUGCUAUGGGCAGCUGAAAAUUUAUUGCUGAUAUAUGUACGUACAUAUGUAUAUUAAAAUAAAAAAUACACAUUUUGAAUAUAGAAAAAUUCAAAAUUUGAAUAUGACAAUGUUUAAUUUAAAAAAAAUUAAUUAAAAAAAAUGUAAUCUAAAAAAAUUUGGUUAAUUUUUUUUUUUUAAUUACAAAUAUUUUUUUGCAAAUUCAAAUAAAAAAACUAAAAAUAAAUUAUCGCAAACGAAAGGGUAUUUUUUUUAAUAAUUUUAUACAAAAUACACAUAACGGCAUAGACUUUACAGCGAACAUAGCAAAGUACUCUGACUUUUUCGUCGCAAUUAUUUCUCUACAAAAACUAUACUGCAAAGCAAACAACAAAAAUGAUGAUUACAACAAACAAAAAACAAUCUGUGGAAAAAUUAAUCAUUGCAAAUACAAUAAACAUAUUUAUGUAAUAAUUUAUUUUUAAAAGAAACAACGAAAUGUUAAUUGCAUAUAUUAAAGUAAUUGGAAGUGUUGAGUUGGCUGCGGCAUAUUUAGAUGCAAAAACAAAACGAUUAUCUUAAUUAGCAACCCAUAUAAUAUAUCAAGCUUUUUAAUUAGUUUAAAGCUAAUUGUAACAGAAUAUCUGCGCUAUUGCCGACAGCGCAUUGACACUUCUUCAUGUUAAGUUUUUCUUUUUAAUGUUUCAUAUCUCUGUUUUUUGCUUAUGAUUUUCCGCUUCAUUGUACUAUAUGUGUUAAACUAAUUAUUAUUUUAUAUUUAUUUAUAUAUAUAUAUAUUGUUUAUGCAUACGUUUGUAUUCACACUUAUACAUAUAUACCGUUUUAAUAUAUUUCUAUGCUAUUCUCUGAUUAUGUUUAAAUAUUAUUUAAAUAACAUUUAGGUAUGUUUUUUUUAUUUUUAAUUAUUUAAAUGAAGUUUUUAUGUAAUUAAUUUCUAAAUCAUUUACAUAUACAAUUAAAUUAAAUAUAUGAAAAUUAUACAAUUGAACUGACGUUUGUAUUUUCACCUUUUCUUCUUUCUCAUAUUUAUCGGAGUGUUGGUGGCCUUUAUGGGCAAUAAGCAAAUAAUGAAAUAUAAUUGCUCUGCGUUUUGUGGCGUUUAAUUGAUGAUAUAGGGAGUAUUUGAUACGACAGUAUUAGGAGAGUAGCAAAUCAAACAUGCAACUGAUUUAAAACAAGUAGACUGGCAUAACCGAUUUUAGUUAAAAUAUCAAGGGUUAUAUCAACUUUUGCUGAAUGCUGCUACCAAGGGUUGAAUUUUUUGUGAUAUAAAAUUCGGGUCUUCAACUAUCAGCGUACAUUUCCAAAAAAAAUUAAGUAUACCAAAAUUAAUAAUAUUUUUCAAGCGCAUUUUAAAAAUGUUUCAAUUUGUUUUCUAUAGCCCAGCUCCAUAUGCAAGUAAUACUACUACCGAAACAAUCAUACAUUAAGGGGCUAUACCAGUGUAACCCAUUAAAAAUUACGUGAAUUUCGUGAUUAUUUUUAUGAAAGUACUCGAUCGAAUGUUUCGAAGUUCGAACACAAUAAAUGCCCGAAAGAGUAGCUGAAACAAAAAAAAAUCAAAAAUAUUAUUCAAGUUGAAGGUACUACCUAUGCAAUGAACUACGAUUUUUGAAAAAUAUCAAAAAUUAAUAAAAUGACGUAGUUCCGAAAAAAGUAUCAUUUUUUAAUGCCAAAUUGACAAUUUCCAACCAACCAAAAAGAUAUAUACAAGAAUACUCGGUUUCAAUUGGAUUAUGAUGUCAGCAAUUUUGAAAAGUAUCGUUUCGAGAAAAACGAAUUUAAAGUUUCAACUAUAGAAGUUUAUACCUGCGAGCGGUCGCCAUUCAAAAUCUAUUCGAAGAUACGACCUUGCUGGUUUCACUAGAUAUUUUUGAAAUUAUAAAUUAUCGAAUAAGAAAAAAAUAUAUAUUUUUUGAAAGUGUCACGGCUAAAGGACUAGAGCCGUAUGUUUUAAGUCGUGUCAUUUUUAUUUAUUCAUUCUUUUUCAAAUAAAAUUUAUUUUUUUUGCGAUCUAACAUUUUGAAUGCUUAGUUUCAAUGGCUAAAAAAUUCCAAAUGAGGUUUUCAUUUUCGGAAUUUACUCGUUUAUUGCAUUCGUGUGUAUAUUUAAUAUGCACUUUCAUUCAGUUCCCAAUAUUCAUAUAUAUUGUUAUGUAGAUAAGUCCAAUUGUAGUUAAAUCGAAAUUUGUUGCAAUUAUUAUUAUUUUUUAUAAAUUAAACACAUGUAGUUUAAUUUCAAUAUAUGUGUAUGCAAUUAUUAUUUUCAAAAUAUUUAUUUUUUUAAUAUUAAUUUUUUUUUAUUAUUUACUACAAUAAUAAUGAAACAAUUAAAUAAAAAAAUAAUGUCUUAUUUAGUACAAUUUUAAACAGAAAUACAUACACACAUUAUAUAAAAGAAACGUGCAACUAGAAUUAGAAGUAAUAAAAAUAUCGUAUUUCAGAAAUCUUUACUAAUACAUACAUAGAAAAUUAAUAGUGAAUACAAUACCAUCUUUAAUUCUUAGCAAAAAAAAUAAGUACUUUAUAUAUUAUUUGAAUUACCCAGAGCCAAAAGUUUUAAUAUCACUGUAAAUUUCAAAAAACACCAAGUUUUUCAAACGAAAAUUCAGCUCAACACUUAGUGAAUCUAAAUAACCGAUUUAUCAUUUCAUAAAUGACUGAAUUAUGUAUAAACUUGGCAUAUAAUUAAUAAUAAAUUUCUACACACAUUCAUAUACACAAAUACUCGUACACUACCGCUCCUGAUACCUUCAUUUGUUUGAUUUUUUCCCGAGAGGCUCUCAGG